CCUUAACCGAAAGACGCAAAACGCCAGCGGCACUUUCCUCUCCUCUUUCCCCCCACCCACCACCGCGAAACAGCUGGCCGAAAAUGGUGGCGGGGGAGGCCGGCGUCGGCGGUGGCGUGCCGGGCGCUUCGGUUCCGGCGGGUGUCUCGCGAGAAGAGCCCGUGACGGAAACAGGGGCGACCGUCAACGGAAAGGCUGGUUUUGAUGGCGAUAGCGGUGGUGGUGCGGUCGGUCGUGGCCGCGCGAGGGAUGAGAAGCCGUGCUCUUCCAGCUCGUCCUCUGGCUUGCACGUCGUCGGCGAAGAAGAAGGAGCGGAGGACGCAGAGAUGGUGAUGGACCACGUCGCCGUCUGCAACAAUGGGGACAACGGGUCGUCUUCCUGUUCUUCGACGUCGCCGCCGCCGCCGCCGCCACCGCCUGAGGGGGCGCCGAGGCCGAUGGAGGGGCUGAACGAGGCGGGGCCGCCGCCGUUCUUGAAGAAGACGUUCGAGAUGGUGGAGGACCCGGAGACGGACUCGGUGGUGUCGUGGAGCGAGAACCGGGACAGCUUCGUGGUUUGGGACCAGCACGAGUUUUCCAAGGACCUCUUGCCCAAAUACUUCAAGCACCAGAACUUCUCUAGCUUCAUUCGCCAGCUCAACACUUAUGGUUUCAGGAAAAUUGAUCCAGACAGGUGGGAAUUCGCAAACGAAGGCUUUCGGGGAGGGAAGAAGCAAUUGCUCAAGAACAUCAAGAGAAGAGGCAGAAUCGCCAAGAAGCAACGAGGACCCACAAUUCCCGAGGAUAUUCGAAGAACGGAGAUGGAUACUCAAAGAACAGAAGUGGAAUCCGAAAUUCUGACACUCAAGGAAGAUCGGGAGACACUGAAGUCGGAAAUUCUUGAACUGAGGCAGCAACAGGAGUGUUCACUGAGCGAAAUUGGCGUUGUCGAAGAUCGGAUUCGGCGCGUGGAGUGCCGGCACCAGCAGAUGUACCUCUUCCUGGCCAAAGCAGUGAGGAACCCCCAUUUUGUGGAGCGGCUGGCUCAGAAGAGGAAGCCAAGCAGAGAGAUUGACGCAGGCAAAUUCAUCAAGAAAAGGAGGCUCCUCGCCUCCGACCCUGACCCCAAUUGGUGCGACUUUGAGGGGAACAAUGACGAUGAGUUCGGUGCUUGUGGAGAUGGCCAGAAAGGGAUUUUAUCGGAGUGUGUGGAUCAGAAGCCAGAUGGGUUUGCAAAUCCGGCGUCAACUGAGAAUUUUACUGAUGCACUUGAACUAAAGUACGAUGAUGUGAUGCUGCACGGGGAUGCGUCCAGAGUCUAUAAUGCAAUGUCGGAGAAGCUGCUCGAUGACAGUAGCCUGAUUGCCGAAGGAGAGAUCAGCGAAGAACUGGCCAUCGAUGACAGUAACAUAUACUUGGAACUGGAGUAUCUGAUUGGGGAGCCACGCGAGCGGGGCGGAGUGAACGAACUCAAGGAGCAACCCGUGGCAUUAAUGCCUUCGCCCGCCGUGUGAUCUUUUCUCGACCCGCAAAGAUGUACAGAUGGGAGGUUCUUCUCCCUUGGAAGGGUUAAAUUAGACUUUGCUCUAGAGUGCAUGAGCUGGUUCCGGAAGUUGCAGGCUCAAAAAUGUCUAAAAGACCAUUCUUCCGACUUGUGCAUAGUUUGUGAGAUUCUAGCAAAGUCCAUUAGCUCUUAGUUACACAGCUCUGUUGCAGAGUUAUAUGUAAAUACCAGUGUGAUAGGACCUCUUAGACUUUAGCAAGUUCACUAAGUCUUUACUUCUACAAUACCGCUAAGUUUGCACAGCUUUGUUUAAUAGAUAUAUGCAGUAUUGUAUGGCAGUACCUCAUCAUAUAACAAUGAGCUUUUUACC